AUGCCGACGCGUACCCUCUCAUCACAAGCUAGCAACGCUAAGCAUCGAGAGCUGUGGGGAACCGAAAGACUCUGGCAUUUUUGCCAUCAAGACCAUCAAGGCGCCUUCGAUAUGGUCUCGCUUUUCAUCGUAGAUACUGGACAUCGAACGCUCGAUCUGACUGAUUGGCUGAAAGCUUGGUCGAGCUUGUCGAGAGCGUUUCCCACGCUUUCUCAACGCGUGCGUGAUGACGAUGCUGGGAUCAGGAUCGAGGAGGAAGUCGCGCAAGCGGAAGAGAACGUCUUCAUGGGACCAAGCUUGGAGGACGACCAAGCCAUCAUCGAUUACUGUCUGCACCAUCGCCAGUUCGAAAGCCUGUCACUGACCGUCUUUGACAUGGGUCGAGCAACAGCACAAAAGGUGACGUGUCUGGCGUUGACAAAUCCUCACGCACUCGGCGACGCCAAGGGUAUCUUCGCAAUCGGCAAGGCAUUGAUCGAGAGCAUCAUGUCGCGGGAGACGCUAGUGCAGAAAUCGAUCGGAGCGCCACAAAAGACGAGCGCUUCAGCAAGCUCACAGGAGCAAUAUCAAGACCUCGGUCUCAAAGAUAUGUUCGAGGUAGCAAAGAAAGGGUCUACGAUCGGUUUUCCCAUCCUCCUCCAAGACUCGCUUCGUUCAAUGAGCUGUGAGCCGCAAGAGUGGCGCAAGAUUCACACUUUCACUCCAAUCCAGACCGAUGCCCUGGUUCAGGCCUGCAAAUCCAAGUCGUCACCAUUUGCCCCUAGCAACAUGAACGUCAAGCCUUUCCACACUUUGCAACACCUGCGGCCCCAAGGCUACUCAGGAGAUGCAUUCGACUUGAUGGCUCCAUUGAAUAAGAGCUGGCAGGCCGUACCUUCAGUCUUCAAUAAAAGCGGCUCGAUCAACAGAGUUGAUGCAGGUCAAGUUUUCGAUGCAGCAAGCGAGUCCGUCAAACAGACCCAGCCUCUUCUAAGUCUCGCGUCACGAGCUCGUCAUCAUCCGAUCCUUCUGUGCCUCUGUCUGGUCACGCUGGGCGCCAUCCUCCUGCUUCACCGAUAUUGGGAUUGUGCCAUUGGCUGUGAGAGGCGAUCGGAUCUCAAAGGGCCCAAGGGUCUUCCUCUCAUCGGAAAUCUCAUGUGGGCGCUCAAGAACCGCGAUCCGCUAAGCUACCAGGUCUACGCGCAGCAAAAGUAUGGAUACGGAAACACGCAUACACUACCCGGUCUAGGUCGUCUGAUUGACAUCUCCAGACCAGACUGGAUCGAACACGUGCAAAAAACCAACUUCAGCAACUACGUCAAGGGCGAACAGUUCCACGAUCAGAUGCGCGACGUUCUUGGCGAUGGAAUCUUCACUUCUGACGGCGAACGAUGGAAGAUGCAGCGCAAGGUGGCUUCGCGCAUCUUCACCGUCAGCUCUUUCAAGGCGAUCAUCACUCAGACGAUUCGAGAAGAUUGCGCUCUGGUCGAGAAGCUGAUCGAGACGUACGCCAAAGAGGGCACCGUCUUCAACCUGCAAGAGCUUUACUUCAAGUUCACGCUGAGCUCGUUUGUCAAGAUCGCCUUCAGUCAAGACAUCAUGUCGCUCUCCGAGCCUGAUCGCCCAGACACAUUCGGCGAUGCGUUCAACUACGCUCAGAAGGUCCUCGACAUGCGAUUUGUGCAGCCUUGGUGGAAGAUCGCCGAACGAUUCAACGAGACGGGUAGAAAGAUGCGAGCAGCGAGAAAGAUCGUGGAAGAAUUCACCAACAACAUCGUUGAGGCAAGACGAAAGGAGAGCGACGCGAUGGGAGAAAAGGCGAAACCGGAAAGUGGACGCAAGGAUCUGCUGGAUCUUUUCAUGGGCUAUCGCUCGUCUGACGGUCAGAGGUUGAGCAAUCAGCAGCUCAAGGAUACCAUCUUGAACCUCAUGAUUGCUGGACGCGAUACCACCGCAGAGGCACUUUCCUGGAUGUCCUGGCAUAUUCUCACCAAGCCCGAAGUCUACUCUCGCAUCCGCCGCGAGAUCGAUAGUUCGCUCGAUGAGGAUGGAGAGCAAGCUGGCCUGGAAAUCGACUACGACGUUUUCGAGCAACACACGGCCAAGCUGACCACUUUCCAAGAGACGCUCCGACUACACCCAUCCAUUCCGAAAAACAUCCGUCGAGCUCUGAAAGAUGACGUGUUGCCCAACGGUGGACCUCGAGUACGAAAGGGCGACCUGAUGCUCUACUCUGACUGGGCCAUGGCCCGCAACCCUGACAUUUGGGGUCCAGACGCAUGCGAGUUCAAACCGAGUCGCUGGAUCGAUGAAGAGACUGGAUCCACCGUCAAAUACUCUCAGUUCCAGGCACACUUCUUCAACGGCGGUCCGAGACUGUGUCUUGGACAGAAAUUGGCGAGCUACGAGGUGGUGCAACUCAUCCAUCACAUUUUCGCCAAAUUCGAUUUGGAGCUAGUCGAUCUUGGACCCAAGAAGUCGGCCGGUUUCGACAAGGUUCCCGACUACCUAAACUCUUUGACUCAUCCCAUGAAGCGGCCUUUGAUGGUCAAGGCCACCCUUCGUGAUCGCAAGGCUGGCUCAAACUAG